GCGAGGCGGACACUCGGAGCACAUUCUGCAUGUAUUCGUCUUGGUAGGCGACGAUGACAUUAUCAAAGAGCGUAUGACAGUCAAAAUCAUUGGUGAUGACGACAAGGCAAGGCUCAAAAACGCAAUUGACGCCGAGACCGGACCACACAAGAGGCUGUCGAGACUGAAAUGUCCCAACAUUGUUCAGUUCUAUGGAUCGUCAUUUCGAGACCGCGGAGUGACGCCGCACUUGGGGUUCAUCGACAUGGAAUACGCACCAUUUGGCGACCUACAUGGGACGGUGAGAAAGCUUCAUAGCGGUCAGAAGUAAGCACUCAUCUGCUAGAUUCGGAACUUGCUCACUUGCAGACUUCACAGUAAGCAAGUACCCGAGCCAUGCCUCUGGGU